AUGAAAGCAAAACUCACAACAGCAAAGAGACAGUUGCUUAUUCUAAGGGAACUUAAACUGUGUACUAACUACAGAAAGAACUUUAAGAAGGCUCUGGACAGCAUUGUGACCAUCCAGAAGAACUACCGUGCACAUCUCUAUCGACGUCGGUUUCAACGGAAACGCUCAGCUGCCCUUGUUCUCCAGAAACACAGGCGAGGGCAAGUGGCAAGAGGAGUCUUCCACAAACUACAAGAGGAGAAGAGGAAGAAAGAGGAGGAGGAAAGGAAAACGAAAGAGGAAGAGGAGAAGAAAACAGAGGGAGACCAUGAAAAGAGAAAUGAAGAGGAAAUGGAAGGAGGAAAAGGGGCAGCAGAGUCUCCAUGCUCGGCUGAGGAGGAGCACCGUCAGAUGGAGGAAAUUCUGCGUUUGGAGCGCGAGAUUGAGCAUCUGCAGAAGAAAAGAGAAGAUGGUGUGUCUAUGCUAUGUGAGAGCUCAAGACAGGAACUCCACUUGCGGCGUGAUGCCGAGAUCCUGCGUCAGAAAAAAGCGGCUUCUCGUGUCGCCACUGAAUUCCUUGAACUGCUCGACACCGGAGGCCCAGAAGUCAUUCCUGGUGAUGCUAAACCACCUGCCUCCAGACCAGCAGCCGCCACUGAGGAAGAGGUGGAUGAAGGCUUCCAUGCAGAUGAAGAGUGCAUACCACUUCCCGAGUUCCCUCCUCCAGUGGAAGGUCCAGUGGAUCAGGAAAUCUUAGCCACUCUGCCACCUCCUCCUCCUGCCUUUGCCGAGGGCACGUUGGCUCCAUCUGCACCCAACGUUCCACCGGGGGCUCCUCCCCCGCCUCCUCCUCCCCCUCUCCCUGGCGAUGCCAAAAAGGAAGUUGGAAAGCCUGAAGAGGCUAAAACAGUUAAAGAGGUGGAUGGGAAAAAGGAGGGAGAGGAUGUGGAUCGCACCAGCAGGCUGACUGCAGCGGAGUCUCUUCCAGACACAGAGGAACCCAUCUACAGUGUGCCUGGGGAUGGCGAGUCAGACUAUGACCAAGACGAUCUAGAGGACGGACAGAGCAACAUUGCGGCGACGAACACAGAACACGCACGCAAGUCCACCUGCACCAACGCAAGCCAGGAGUCUUACAACCGCAGCUCAGAUUCAUAUGCUGACAGCGAUGAUGAUCAUGAUGGGUACGUAGACACAGAUGAGGAGGUAUCCAACGGUAAAGUCAACAUCUUAAAUGGGAACGGACCUCCGUACUUCCACAGUUACCUUUACAUGAAGG